UGGUCGCAGAUAGAGCAGGGUGAAAAACAAAGCGCAUCAAAAUUGAAGUUCUGUGUGUUGUGCUAUCGAAAAGAACCGUGUUAAUCAUAGACAUUUGCGAGUCCGACUCCGAGUAGACAUUUGCGUCCGCGACCGUACCGUUUUUGUGAUUCGUUUUUUAACAUUCAACAUCAACACCGUUGUCGGCGGGACAGAACUAAUAAAGUGCCAGUGUGGUUAACAGUGUUAUUUCGUGUUCAUCACCGUAAUCGAAGUAUACGAAUGCAGCAACUUCAAGGAUAACAAGUUCGCCGUGUAGGAGAAAGAAUAUAAGGAGCAUCACAUAUUUAAUUUCGUAAAGCCGUUUAACAAAGAUCAUCACGAUUCUCACCACAAUGGAAGAUCCCAACCGGAUGAUGGGGCACGGUGGCCUUAUGCCACCGAACUACGGCAUGCCCACGAACGACGGCCAGACCGGGGUGGACAACGAUCCGCGCAAGCAGGACAUUGGUGAAAUUCUACAACAGAUCAUGAACAUCACCGACCAAUCUCUGGACGAAGCACAGGCCCGCAAGCACACACUCAACUGCCACAGAAUGAAACCGGUUCUGUUCGCGGUGCUGUGUGAAAUCAAAGAAAAAACAGUUUUAUCGCUGCGAAACACCCAAGAAGAGGAACCUCCAGAUCCCCAGCUGAUGCGGUUGGACAAUAUGCUGAUCGCUGAGGGGGUGGCUGGCCCAGAGAAGGGUGGUGGUGCAGGUGCGGACAGUGCCGCGGCAGCAAUGGCCGCUGCCAACGAUUUCCUGUCACAGUCUGAUCUAACCGGUGGCCAAGACAACGCGAUCGAGCAUUCGGAUUAUCGGGCAAAGUUGGCUCAAAUCCGACAGAUCUAUCAUCAAGAAUUGGAAAAAUAUGAACAGGCUUGCAGCGAGUUCACCACACACGUCAUGAACCUCCUCAGAGAACAGAGUCGUACAAGACCCAUCACGCCGAAAGAGAUUGAACGAAUGGUGCAAAUCAUUCAUCGGAAGUUUAGCUCCAUCCAGAUGCAGCUCAAACAAUCCACCUGUGAAGCCGUUAUGAUCCUGCGUUCACGAUUCCUAGAUGCACGAAGGAAGAGACGUAAUUUUAGUAAGCAAGCAUCAGAAAUCCUCAAUGAAUACUUUUAUAGCCACCUAAGCAAUCCAUACCCCUCGGAAGAAGCCAAGGAAGAACUGGCAAGGAAAUGCGGCAUUACGGUAUCACAAGUGUCGAAUUGGUUCGGCAAUAAACGCAUUCGCUAUAAGAAGAAUAUUGGCAAAGCGCAAGAAGAAGCAAAUCUGUACGCUGCAAAGAAGGCCGCUGGUGCAUCUCCUUACUCGAUGGGUGGGCCACCGAGCGGUGCAGCCACGCCAAUGAUGUCUCCUGCUCCUGCACAGGAUUCGAUGGGCUACUCACUUGGGUCUGGUGGCUACGAUCAGCAGCAGCCCUACGAUGGAAGUAUGGGAUACGAUCAGCUACAUCAGGAUCUUAGUCCUUGAGUGAUUGGAGAAUACUAAAGCAGCGUGGCGAGGAUGGAUGUAGACCAACUUCAUACCGAAACAUAAAAUACGAUUAUUCAACACCAUACCACACACAUACACCCACACAUCAACCCAUACACUGAUAACAGAUGCUUCAAUAACGGACCCGUGUUUUAAACGCUAAGCUCCAGUUCUGAAUGAAACGUAAAGGACAUAACUGGUACAGAAGGGGUUUCUUUGAUAUUUUUGGUUCUUUUCAAAAAUGUCGCAAUCAAUCAACACAAGCGCCACCGAGUUUCACAGGAGAUAAACAAAGAAUAAAUUGUGUGUAGCCUCCAUUGAUGCGUAAGCAAGUGCAAAUAGUGAAAUGCUCACUAACACACAACAGUAACACAAAACAAAACGUAAUAAAAUAAAACAACAAAAAUCACGGAAAGUAUACGGAUCGUAGAGUACAUAAGCAGAAUAGCAGUAAAAAGCCAGACAAAGGUUCUGUGGCAGGUAAAUAUAUUUAAAGAAAGAUAAGUAAAUAUAAGAGAAUGCAGCGAUAACCGAUCGGCAAUAUGGGGUCCCCGCAGCACCCCAGCAUACUGGUUCAUAAGAAUUAACUAAUGUGAGUUAGCUAAAGAAGGACAAACAAAUGGAUAGUGAAACCAACACACAAUAGAAAUCCUCAACGACGUACAGACAAAUUGCUAAAAACAGUACACUGCAAAAGUUUAUUAUUGCAAGCAAGCACCAGCCGAGUACUGUUUGGUAAUAUCGAUCGUAACAUGAUAACGAACUGCACGAAAUUGAGAUGCGGCCUCGAUGAAUGGAUGGUGAUGAAUGAAUGCAGUAUGUUACAUCCGGAGAGUUCGGGACAAGGGGUUCAAAAACGUUUAAUACAUGUUUAAUAACAUUUCAGCAUCCUUCCAAACAUCACAUGUCCAAGACCGCAGCACUAAUGAGAUGAUAGUUAUCUCAAAUUAUUGAACCAAAAUCAAAUUUCACUGGCAUUGUAGAUUACCCAAACUCUGGGGAUCAACAAAUUCUGUGGCGCAUCAUUCAAAUAAAUAAAAAAUAAUGUUAUUUUGAUACAUAGAAACAAGUGCGGUUUUAGGAAACAUUUGAUCGAGAUGGAUAUUUUUCUACUCCUAUAUUGCAUCUCAAUGGUAGCCCAACCAACCGUUUGGUGUUACGCAACCAAACGCACCUUUCAAACGUUUCAAGCUGAUGCGUUCAAUAUAAACAAACUCUAUGUAUGCAGAGAAGGGAAAGAACCUUGCACCUUAGCUAUCAUUAAAAUGUUUGUUUAUUUAACAACUUGUGUGCAUCGAUGUAGAGUGGAAAAUGAACAUUUCCUCCAAACAAAUCACUCGGCUUGAUCAUUACAUCAAUCUUCGUAUAACAUUUACCAAGAAUGAUUUAAGCUUAAUAGUUUACUACUUGUAAGUGAUGGAUUCAGUUUUGGUCCCAUUGUUUGCGUAAACUCUCUUUGCUGUGAUUUGCUAAAAAAUUAUGGCAUUUUGGCUUUCUGAAUCUCAUACGAAACAGUUUCAAAACCUCUGACAAAUCGAACCUUCUUUGUCGAUUCUGUCAUGCGCAUACACAUGGGAAACUGCACUUAAAAGAUAUUGUUUGUCCCGAACCAAAUUGAGAAUGAUUGAGCGUCUGUGUGACUGCUGAUGGACGAAGGGACGGGGGAGCACGUUGUUAUUUGCUUCCAAAGGGUACUUGCAGUGAAUUAUACGAUAUACCAACUUCAGAAAGUUAGUUAAGAGUAAAUGAUAGUUUAAAGAGUGUGGACUUACGACAGGCAAACGAACCGGAGUGAGGAUAAAAUAGUUUUGAAAGGAUAGCUUUAGGGUAAGAAGGGAGGAAACCAAGCAACAAACAACCAGAAUGAAUGGAUAAAUUAAGUAGCAAGAAAACAAAACUACUGUGUAUACCAUUAGAUGAUAGGAUAGCACGUGGGAAGCAGCAGCAGAUUAGGAUAAACGCCAACAAUAGGAAUGGAUGAAGCGGCCCCGGGUACCGUUCAACAGGUCACAUCUAAACUGUCUUUUGAACAGAUUGUAUGAUAAGAACGCUUUGAUAAACCAUACCUCUCAACCACCCCAAUAAAACCAUUUGCGUAGCUCCCUUCACAACGUGCACUUUAUGCUGCUUUUCUUUACUCGGUAACUUCCGGCCCCCGAUACGCGUCUGUGUACAAGUUGACCGAGUCAAAAGAUGAAGAGGAAAUUACACGUAUCAAGACAAAACAAGAACAACACCCAUACCAGAAGAGCCAUAAGUGGAUGAAACUAUUUAUUAGCGUUUCAUUUUAGACGAAUAUUAACGAAAUCGAACAAUGAACUUCAAGGUACGCGUGCGUUACCACGUAACGUGGAUACUUUAUUUGACUGGGUCAUCGGUAAUAUGUAUUAUAUGCCGGAGGUGACCGGAGAGGGUGUCUGCUGCUUGGGUGUGCAUUUGUGAGAAAGGUGAGCAACAACAACCAGUAGAGCAUUUCCUGCGUGUCAUGCCACUAUAUGCAAAAUCGACCCCACAUACUGGCGAGCGCAAAGGUUAGCGCAAUCGGCAGCUCGGCACUAGCCACUAUAGGUGGGGUGCAGAAACAUUCAAAUUAUAUACGUAAUUUAAAUUUAAUGAAUGAAGGAAUUAACAAAACGAGAAAUCCUUAGAAAAACACAACGUAAUGCAAAGAUAGGGCAUUUAAUAUUAAGUGAGGACUUGAGAAAAUAUUUAAGGACUAGCGAAACAAAAAGAACAAACAAACUAUGUAAAUGCAGCAGCAGUGGAGUCUGCGGUAUAAGAAAAGAACCGUGUAUGCGAAUUAUAAACCAUCACACAGUGUUCAUCAAACACUAAAAGAAUAUCGUCGGUAAGGCCAGGCAGAAGAGUCACCGACAACGACAAAACACUAAGAGAAGUAAAGUUUAAAAAAUUCUUCUACUCAUAUGUAGCAGUCGAGUGUACAACCAUCGCAUUGAACAUGGUAAUAUUUUUAUGUUUCUAAUUCUUUAUAGUUUGGAUUUUUUGGAUACAAUCACGACGAUGAAUGUGUAAUAGAAACAUUAUUUAAAAUCCGUAUGAAAAGUAGUAG